UGUGUGAGUGUGUGUGUGUGUGCGUGUGUGUGUGUGCGUGUGCGUGUGUGAGCGCGAGCGAGCUAGUGAGGGAGAGGAGCGAGAGAGUGCGAGCGAGAAAGAAUAAAAGGAAAGAUUUUUCUCUAUGUAUAUAAAGAUGGCCACGUUAGCAAACGGACAGGCUGACAACGCGAGCCUCAGUACCAACGGGCUCGGCAGCAGCCCGGGCAGCGCCGGGCUCAUGAACGGAUUAAGCCACAGCCCGGGGAACCCGUCGACCAUUCCCAUGAAGGACCACGAUGCCAUCAAGCUGUUCAUUGGGCAGAUCCCCCGAAACCUGGAUGAGAAGGACCUCAAGCCCCUCUUCGAGGAGUUCGGCAAGAUCUACGAGCUUACGGUUCUGAAGGACAGGUUCACAGGCAUGCACAAAGGCUGCGCUUUCCUCACCUACUGCGAGCGUGAGUCAGCGCUGAAGGCCCAGAGCGCGCUGCACGAGCAGAAGACCCUGCCCGGGAUGAACCGGCCGAUCCAGGUGAAGCCUGCGGACAGCGAGAGCCGAGGAGGUAGUAGCUGCCUGCGCCAGCCCCCUUCACAAGAUAGAAAACUCUUCGUGGGCAUGCUCAACAAGCAGCAAUCCGAGGACGACGUGCGCCGCCUCUUCGAGGCCUUCGGGAACAUUGAGGAGUGCACUAUCCUGCGCGGGCCGGACGGCAACAGCAAGGGGUGCGCCUUUGUGAAGUACUCCUCCCAUGCUGAGGCGCAAGCCGCCAUCAACGCUCUACACGGCAGCCAGACUAUGCCUGGAGCCUCCUCCAGCCUGGUGGUCAAGUUUGCAGACACUGACAAGGAGCGCACGAUGCGGCGGAUGCAGCAGAUGGCUGGCCAGAUGGGCAUGUUCAACCCUAUGGCCAUCCCCUUCGGGGCCUACGGUGCCUACGCUCAGGCACUGAUGCAGCAGCAAGCAGCCCUCAUGGCCUCGGUUGCACAAGGAGGCUACCUGAAUCCCAUGGCUGCCUUCGCUGCCGCCCAGAUGCAGCAGAUGGCGGCCCUCAACAUGAAUGGCCUGGCAGCCGCACCUAUGACCCCAACCUCAGGUGGCAGCACCCCUCCAGGCAUCACUGCACCAGCUGUGCCUAGCAUCCCAUCCCCCAUCGGGGUGAAUGGCUUCACCGGCCUCCCCCCACAGGCCAAUGGGCAGCCUGCUGCGGAAGCUGUGUUUGCCAAUGGCAUCCACCCAUACCCAGCACAGAGUCCCACCGCAGCGGACCCCCUGCAGCAGGCCUACGCUGGAGUGCAGCAGUAUGCAGGACCAGCUGCCUACCCUGCUGCCUAUGGUCAGAUAAGCCAGGCCUUUCCUCAGCCACCGCCAAUGAUUCCCCAGCAACAGAGAGAAGGGCCCGAGGGCUGUAACCUGCUCAUCUACCAUCUGCCCCAGGAGUUUGGGGACGCUGAGCUGAUGCAGAUGUUCCUCCCUUUCGGCCGGCACCCCGUGCCCUCCCGCUGCCAGGCCCCCUCCUGUCAGGGAGGACAGUGUGCAAUAAGCUCCUCCGCCCGCAGGCUUCGUGAGCUUCGACAACCCGGCCAGCGCGCAGACCGCCAUCCAGGCCAUGAACGGCUUCCAGAUAGGCAUGAAGAGGCUCAAGGUGCAGCUGAAGCGGCCCAAAGACGCCAAUCGCCCGUACUGAGCGCCGGCGGGAGCGUCCCCCGGGGGAGACCAGGACUCGCACAGGGCAGGAUGCUGAACGGGCUACAUUAAACACAAACCUCUUUCUCUCUCUAUUUAUAAAUGAGAACUGUUGGACGACACCUUUGACAUAUCAGCCUAUACCAAUCAAGCUGAAGACUCCAGACACUCUGUGUGACUGUAACAUUUCUUCAAGGAAAGUAUAUCGUCUAUGGAGUGCAGAGGGCACGUGUUUGGGGAAAAAAUACACAUGACAUAAAGAUGACGACGACGAAGAAAAAUGAGAUAAAACAAACAAAACCCCGCAACUUUAAAACAAAAUAACGUGAGCCCAGAUGGGGAAGCUGAAGGGCUGGGCACUAGGAGGAGACACUGCAGCUGCCCACCGAUCCUGGGGCGUUUCCAGCCCGCGGGCGCCUGAAGCAGGCAGGGGCAAGCUGCUGCGGGGCCUGGUCCCCAGCAGGCGGCUGGGAGCCGCCACUGAGCAUCUCUGUCAUUCCUUUAGCUAUUUAGGGACCAAAGGACCAAACUUUUUAUUGCAGAUGUGUAGCUCUGUCAAUUAGAGGUGGAAUGGAGACCAAACUCCUUCCUGCCUCCUUGGCUGUUCUUGAAACAGCUUAGAGCGAUUCUAUGAAAAAAAAAUGUAAUAAAAAAAUAAUAAAAAAAAAA